AUGCUUUACCAGCAAGGGAUUGGCUGGGUGACUCGCAAGGCCAUUGGACUGGCUACUAUUACACUGAAGAUCCGGGAAGCCCCCAGUGCAGACGACAAGACCGUGUACCAGAUCGACAUCGAUCAGAUAGUCACGGGCGGCAUCAAGGGCACCAGUGAGGCGCGCACCACCGACUGGCAGGAACGAGGUCACAAGGAUCACAUCUUCGGCUCGGUGGUAGGCCGGUCGCGGCUUCUGCGUGGCAGUCAAGGCGAGGACGGCAAGUUCCGACCCAACGUCCAGGUGCAAACAGAGCUAGGGGGUGACGGGGUCGAUGAGGCGAAGAUCCAGAAGUUCCUGAGGGGUGAGAUCCUCUUGGACGGAAGCGAAGGCUCUGGCUUCCUCGCUGACGAUGCUGGCGAGGAUCUUGGCCAAGGCCAGGGUCUGUUUCUUCAAACCUGGGUGGUGAACCAGGAUGCCGGCUGGACUGCGGAGCAGGUCUGGGGUUUUGAAAUUGUCAAUGAUCAACGCCAUUACACCCGUCGUGUUGUCAUCGUGAAGAAUGGCAAGUAUCAGCUGGCACGCCUUGUGUACAGCUAUCAGGGGUCCCGGGAGGAGUAA